UAACAAACCAGACAGAUGUGGGGUGUUAUAGCGAUCGCAGCUCUCGCUCUUGGGAUCGCCUGUCCAAUAGCCUCUGGUGAAUAUUUGGAGCCAAGCUGCGGAGUUGCCGACACGCCGAUCAGCUAUAGAAUAAUUGGUGGCAAGGAUGCGUUUAUAAACUCGAAUCCGUGGAUGGCUUUUAUCCACUCCUCCACUAAACUAAUUUGUGGAGGCACCCUCAUCACCAGUCGUUUUGUCCUCACAGCAGCGCACUGUGUUUUUAAAGGAAUGGCCGUAAAGGUGCGCCUGGGAGAGUACGAUGAGACCUCCACAGAGGACUGCGUCGGGAACUUCUGCCUCCCGAAAGCAGAGGAAUACAAUGUGGACAUGGGAAUCCGACAUGGAAAAUAUUCCAUGGGAGGAAACACGAACGACAUCGCGCUUCUGCGCUUGGAUCGUUUUGUCAUAUUCAAAGAACACAUCAGACCCAUCUGCAUAAUCCUGGACACCCCGAAAAGGCACGUGGUGCAGAAUCUUCAGUGGUUCAUGGCCGCCGGAUGGGGCGAGACCAAAACGAACAGGACCCGCGGUGCUCUCCAGACCGUGAAGCUCUAUCGUUUUGAUCCCAGCCGCUGCCGGGCGCUCCUCGGCAGGAUGGUGCAGAGCAAUCAGUUCUGCGCCGGAAGCAGCGAGGGCGACACUUGCAGCGGUGACUCCGGCGGGCCGCUCAUCCGGAAGGUGCGUCACAUGCAAAAGGUGCGAGAUGUGCAGUUCGCAGUGGUCAGCUACGGCAGUAUGGACUGCUCCGGCAUCGGGGUGUACACGGAUGUGUAUAGCUACGCCAAUUGGAUCGCAGCCGUAGUGCGGGACUACACCUAUGCGCAGGCACCCCGAAGGCCGAGUAUUCCGUCUCGCGAAAUGAGGUCUUCCUCGGCUUGGACUUUCAUUGUCGCUGCCCAGAUUCUUCAGCAGCAGGUGCUGGCCUACUACUUCCUGAAUCCGACCUGUGGGAUUUCCUAUGAGUCCAAUGUGUCUGUUAGAAUAGUGCGCGGCAAAGAGGCCGUAAUAAAAUCGGCUCCGUUUAUGGCCUACUUGUACUACAACUCAGAACUGUAUUGCGGCGGAACGAUCAUCACCCAAAGAUAUGUCCUAACGGCGGCUCACUGCAUGAGGUCCUAUCUAAAGGUGCGACUGGGGGAACAUGACGUUACAAGGGAUCCCGACUGUCAGGGGACUAAUUGUGCUCCGCCUGUAGAGGAGUUUGACAUUUUGACGGCCACAAAGCACAGGUCUUUCAGUCGAAGCCUAGCCAACGACAUUGCUCUGCUCAAGCUGAAUAGAAACAUCAUUUUCAAUGUCCACAUCCAGCCGAUCUGCCUGCUCCUUAAUCCGGCGGCCACGCCCCAUGUGACUGAGUACCAGGCCUUCGGGUGGGGCGAAACCGCCACCAAUCGUUCCUCCAAUGUGCUCCAGACUACCAAACUGUCCCGCUACGACAACAACUACUGCCGCAUGGUGCUCCCCAUGCCAAUCACCCACAACCAGAUUUGUGUCGGCUUCCAGGGCUCGGACACCUGCUCCGGCGACUCCGGCGGGCCUCUGGUGGUCAACGUGAACUACGACGGAGUUGUCCGUCACCUGCAGCUGGGCAUCGUGAGCUUUGGCGAAGACAAGUGCAGAAGUCCGGGCGUCUAUACUUUUGUGCCGAAUUACAUUGAAUGGAUCCGCCAGGUUAUUCAGAGAUAUGGUUAUUAAUCAGUAGUUAUUAUCAUUGAUUAUGGCAGCACUCGUAAAAGGUCCUUUUACAACUUUAUUUAUUAUUCUUUAAGCAAAUAAACCUUUUUUUAAGUUUCGAAAGCGAGAAA